UUAAGUCAGCGGAUAUGUUCGUUCGCGAGUCGUACGAUGAGGUUAGUUGCGACGCAAUCACACCAUGUAUAGACAAUACAGAAGAAGUAAUAAUUGAAGUGGACUUUGUAUAUUCAGAACAACAUGGAAUGAGGCUUUGGAUAAUAUCCCCAAGUGGGACUGUAUCGAUCUUAGCAGAGCAGAAAAGUCAGAAAAGGGGACGGAAAGGGAUGAUAAACACAAAAUUUCGGUCGAACAACUUUUGGGGGGAAAACAGUCAGGGUUUUUGGCGUAUAAACCUUGGAUGCAAUUUAUCAGACAUAAAACCUUUAUCGUAUUAUAGCUGUCACGUUGCUAAGACGCGUUUGACGAUACAUGGAACUCUAAAGACAGGAUAUGCUGACCAAUAUUGCCUGAAAAAUGCACCUGUUACAUCUAGCAUAAACAACAAUGAUUCCUCUAAACAAGUAAUUUUUACAGUAACAGUUGAAGACAAAACUAUUAGUUCUGGUACAGAUGCUGACAGCAAUAGAAGGUUUCAUACAGCCCUUUGGAUUGUCCUUGUUGUAGUUUAUGUAUGUGCUGUUCUGUUUCUCAGUUGUACACGAUAUUCAGGGCCUGCCCCUUAUCAUGUUGACGUUUAAUGAAAACGAAUGUUGUUUGACAAAACAGAAAGUAUUGUGGAUGUUGAACUAAGUACAGGGGUGUGGAAAAGUCUGGUAA